UGGUGGAAGGGGGCUUAGCCCCGCCCACCGUCGGGAGACCUCGCAUAAAAGGGCAGGGAGGCACUGCUAAGGUUAGCAGUCUCACUUGUGUUCCCUCGAUACACCCUGUGAAGCUCAAAUCCUCGAAAAUGCGUGAGUGCAUCAGCGUCCACAUAGGCCAGGCCGGCGUCCAGAUCGGCAACGCCUGCUGGGAGUUGUACUGCCUGGAACAUGGCAUCCAGCCCGAUGGCACCAUGCCCUCCGACAAGACGAUCGGCGGCGGCGACGACUCCUUCAACACCUUCUUCAGCGAGACUGGCGCCGGCAAACACGUUCCUCGGGCCGUCUUCGUCGAUCUGGAACCAACAGUCGUGGAUGAGGUCCGCACCGGCACAUACCGCCAACUGUUCCACCCGGAACAGCUGAUCACCGGAAAGGAGGACGCGGCAAACAACUACGCACGAGGCCACUACACCAUCGGAAAGGAAAUCGUCGACUUGGUCCUCGACCGCAUCAGGAAGCUGGCUGACCAAUGCACGGGGCUUCAGGGAUUCCUCAUCUUCCACUCCUUCGGAGGGGGUACUGGGUCCGGCUUCACCUCUCUCCUCAUGGAGAGGCUCUCAGUCGAUUACGGAAAGAAGAGUAAGCUGGAGUUCUCCAUCUACCCUGCGCCACAGGUCUCCACAGCCGUAGUCGAGCCCUACAACUCCAUCCUCACUACCCAUACGACUCUCGAGCAUUCCGACUGCGCCUUCAUGGUAGACAACGAAGCCAUCUACGACAUCUGCCGGAGGAACCUCGACAUUGAACGACCCACUUACACCAACCUCAACCGUCUCAUCGGCCAGAUCGUCUCCUCCAUCACAGCCUCACUCAGGUUCGACGGUGCCCUGAACGUCGACCUGACGGAGUUCCAGACCAACCUGGUCCCAUACCCCCGAAUCCACUUCCCCUUGGCCACUUAUGCCCCCGUCAUUUCCGCCGAAAAAGCUUACCACGAGCAGCUCUCUGUAGCAGAGAUUACCAACGCCUGCUUUGAACCAGCAAAUCAGAUGGUCAAAUGCGAUCCCCGUCACGGCAAGUACAUGGCUUGCUGCAUGCUGUACAGAGGAGACGUCGUGCCCAAGGACGUGAACGCUGCUAUUGCUUCCAUCAAGACAAAGAGGACGAUCCAGUUCGUGGACUGGUGCCCGACAGGUUUCAAGGUGGGCAUCAACUAUCAGCCUCCCACCGUCGUUCCAGGAGCAGACUUGGCCAAGGUGUCCAGGGCCGUAUGCAUGUUGUCCAACACCACCGCCAUUGCCGAGGCUUGGGCCAGGCUCGACCACAAAUUCGACUUGAUGUACGCCAAGCGAGCAUUCGUGCACUGGUACGUCGGAGAGGGUAUGGAGGAGGGAGAAUUCUCAGAGGCCCGCGAGGAUUUGGCAGCCCUGGAAAAGGACUACGAGGAGGUCGGUGUCGACUCUACCGAGGCGGAAGACGAGGAAGGAGGAGAGGAGUACUAAACGACUUUCGAAAAGUAUUUAAAAGGAGAAUGGCUGUCCAGAAGUGCCUCACUAAAAUGGCGGUUUCCCGAGGCAAAUAAAAAAUUAAACUCAAUGGAGAAUGUGGGGUCUGGUCCACUCUUCGACAUCAUCUCUGCAACUGUUAGAUAACCACAGACUUCCAUUUGCGAUGUCUAAUAAUAACGUAUCCAUAUGUCAGGUAAUUUUUUUUUAUAUAAUACACACUUGACAUCAGUGACAUCAUUUCUAUGUAUGAUAAUUUUUGCCUUAUGACAGAAGAGUCUCUUCAUCUCCCUUUUGUAGUUUAUAUUCCCGUGCCUUAACCUUUGCAAAUGCCUUCAUUGCAAGUUGACCCUGUGCCAUCCAUGAAUGUGAGUGCUUAAGUCCAUCCCUAACUUGAAUAAGACUUUUCUUUUGAAGUUGUUAUCCUUUAAAAGACUCAUCAGACCAAAAACUUGCCGAGAAGUAUUCAACAAAGUCAAGUCAUUUAUAUAUUGGAUUAAAAUCUUAAGAAAUUCUCUCUAGUCGGUUGCAAUUCCAAGAACUAGUCAAAAAAAUCAGUCAUCCUUCCACUGAUCAUUCUUCUAUUUUAUCAUUUUUUUUUACCUUCGUGUCUAAUCUACGCUUAAUUCGAACUUCAUUGGUCUAACGUGAAUCUCAAUUUCAUUGCCUGACAAUCUCGACGAAAUUAUAUGUAAUACUCUACUUGUGUCCAAUAAAAUGUUAGAACGCUCA